AUGGGCAAGCUGGUUCUCUUGCCCUCGGCCGUCGAGAUGGAGCUGCUGCUGCUGGGGCGGCUGCUGCUGGUGGUCCAGGUGGCGAGGAAGACGCUGAGCGGGGCGCCGGCGGCGGGGAGGUCCUCGGAGGGCUCGGUGUCGGCUUCGGAGGGCGUGAUCGGGCGCAGCAGGGGCCAAGGCAGCAGCAGCAGCAGCUGCAGAGGCGCCACUUCGAGCCAGCGGCCAGCCAUGGACCAUAGCCGGCCGCAGCCGCCGCCUCCCCCUCCUCCCCCGACGGCUGCCAAGAGCCUGGCCGCGCCUCGGGGCAGCAUGCUGAGCGCCUCGAAGCCUCUGGCGUUCUCCAUCGAGCGGAUCAUGGCCAGGGCGGGCCCCGAGCCCAAAGCCCUGCCGCUGCUGCCCCACUUCCUGCAGGGCGGAGGGGGCCCUAAGGCCGGGGACCCCGUCAAGCAGCAGCAGCAGCAGCAGGCGGCGGCGCUCAGCCUGGGCCCCUCCAUCCCCUGCAUGAUCCCCUUCGUGCCGCUGGCCUACGAGCCCUUCGCCAAGGCGGGCUCGGAGCCCAGGAAGGCCCCGCUGGAGCCCGUGUCGCCGUCGUCGCUGCUGAGCCUCAAGCCCCAGCAGGCGGCCGAGCUGCAGCAGCACUACAAGCUGGUCCGGCCCCGCGUGGUCAACCACUCCUCCUUCCACGCCCUGGGCGCCCUGGGCUACUUCAGCCGGGCGGCCGACCCCGCGCCCCUGCCGCCGCCGCCCCCGCCGCCCCCGCCGCCGUCGGGCCUGAGCCUCCACCCGGUGGCCUCCUAUUUCCUGGGAGCGCCGCUGCCGGCGCCGGGCUUGCAAGCCCCGACGGCGCCCAAGGCCUACCUGGCCGAGCGGAACAAGCUGCACGUGCUGCCGCCGCCGCCGCCAGGCUCCGACAAGUACCCGCCGCCGCCGCCGCCGGCCGCUGCCUUCAAGGACCUGGCGCACGCCCAGCUGCACAGCGCCGCCGCCGCCGCCGCCGCCGCGCACCUCCUGGCCGCCGACAAGCUGCCCUUCAAGGGCGUCGCGGCGGACUUCAGCCGCGGCUCGCCCGGCGCCAAGCCCAAAGUCUUCACGUGCGAGGUCUGCGGCAAGGUCUUCAACGCGCACUACAACUUAACGCGCCACAUGCCGGUGCACACGGGCGCCCGGCCCUUUGUGUGCAAAGUCUGCGGCAAAGGCUUCCGCCAGGCCAGCACGCUCUGCCGGCACAAGAUCAUCCACACCCAGGAGAAGCCCCACAAGUGCAACCAAUGCGGGAAAGCGUUUAACCGGAGUUCCACUUUGAACACUCACACGCGGAUCCACGCGGGCUACAAACCCUUCGUGUGCGAAUUUUGCGGGAAGGGCUUUCACCAAAAAGGGAACUACAAGAACCACAAACUGACGCACAGCGGCGAGAAGCAGUUCAAGUGCAAUAUCUGCAACAAGGCCUUCCACCAGGUGUACAACCUGACCUUCCACAUGCACACCCACAACGACAAGAAGCCCUUCACCUGUCCCACGUGCGGCAAAGGCUUUUGCAGGAACUUUGACCUCAAGAAACACGUCCGCAAGCUGCACGACAGCGGCGGCGGCGGCGGCGACGUCGCCUUCUCCCUACCAAAUAUCGGCCUGCUCCUGACUGUAAAUGGUAUCUUGGACCUGAGAAGGCGACUCAAGCAAGCGGUGGCCGCUGCCAGGUCCAUGAAAGGCGUCGUCGUGCUUAAUCAGGCGCGGGUGUUGUCUAACUGCAAAGCGCUCCUGUCCGCUUGCCAAAACACUGAUCCAACUGCUAAAGAGUUUAAUUAA